UGGGAAUUCUAUCACGUCACGACUUCAUGGUCAUAUUUCUUUUUGGCUUUGUAACGCCGCGCGCGAUGUAGUUAUAUACGGAGCUCGUUCCCUUCAUAAUAAUCCCUUGUUUCUCAAAAUCUACACAAGCAUACUUCUCAACUCAAUUAUCGUUGAUUAUAUUUUCAUGAUGGCGAGCGGUCUAUUAAGUAAAUCCCUCCACCUAACCAACUUCCGGAGUCCUCUCCUACGAGUCGCAGUCCCCAGCGUAGCAGCAGCUUUCGCACUCCAAACCGCCGUCGCCAUCCCCUCCAUCUUCGCACAAUCCGAGCGCUUCUACGACGUCUCCGGCUCCGCGACUUUCUUAACCGUCACCCUACUCAGCCUAUACCUACCCAGUCUCCGCGCCCGUGCCGCAGCGACCCUAGCCGGAGCCCCCAAACCGCCAUUCCCAAGUCUUCAAAGCGCUUUCGCGGGGAAUCCAGCAAGCGGUUUUCACUGGCGCCAAGUAGCGCUCAGCGCCGCCGUGGUGUUCUGGUCCGUUCGACUAGGAACAUACCUCUUCCGGCGCGUCCUCCACCAAGGCCACGACUCCCGCUUCGAUCCAAUCCGCUCCUCCGCCCCGAAAUUCGCCGGAGCAUGGUUCGGGCAAGCGGUAUGGGUAUCACUCUGCCUAGCCCCAGUUCUAGCCAUCAACGCCGUCCCAACCGCAAUUCUAGCUACAGUCCCGUUUGGCGUGGCCGAUGUUCUGGGACUUGGGUUAUUUGUAGGCGGUUUCGCGUUUGAGAUCGCGGCGGAUCGGCAGAAGGGUGCUUGGUUGCGUCGGAGGAAGGAUAAGUUGCAUGAUGAACCGUUUAUUACUGGGGGACUUUGGAGUCGGAGUCAAUACCCGAAUUAUUUCGGCGAGGUCGCGCUCUGGACAGGCUUGGCAACAACAUCUGCAGGUAUUCUGGUAACACGUCCAGUCCAGCUUGGCCUUGGACUUCCGGGUGGAUUGUCAGGUAAACUGUUGGCUAUUUCGUUAUCAUAUGUAAGCCCGGUGUUUGUAGUAUUUUUACUAUUAAAGGUGACGGGUGCGCCGUUGAGUGAGAAGAAAUAUGACGCCAAGUAUGGUCAUCGUAAAGAUUACCAAGAGUGGAGAAAAAAUACCCCCAAGUUCUUCCCCAAGCUGUUCUAGAAAUUGGGAUACAUAUACCCGGGUGGGGAUCAAAUACCUAGGUAGUAAACCAUGGAAACCAGACG